AUGUCCAUUGACACAAUUGGAGGUUUUGGAGGUUCAAGAUCAACAAAAAGAUACCUACAUUUGCUGGUAGAUCACUUUACAAGAUAUGCAUUUAUUAAAACAUCAAAAACACAGAGUGCAAGUGAUUUUAUAAAAUUAGUCCAGGACAUAACAAAAACAGAGAAUAUUGGUAUGAUCCUUACUGACCAAUACCCAGGAAUUAAUUCAAAAGAAUUCCAGAAAUUCUUACAAGACAAGCACAUACCUAUAGUAUUCACAGCAGUAAAUGCACCAUUUUCAAAUGGUCUGAAUGAAAGACUAAAUCAAACAUUAGUAAACAAAAUUAGAUGUAAAAUAAAUAAAAGAGGAAAGAAGAAAGCUUGGUCAACAAUAGCACAAGAAUGUGUAAACAAAUACAACGAAACAAACCACUCCGUUACAGGGUUUUCACCAAGAUAUCUUUUGUAUGGUACAGAUGUUACAAUUUUGCCAAAUGAAAUAAAAAAAGUUAUAUCACUUAGUGACUGGAAUAAGGAUAGAAAGAUAGCAUUAGAGAAUACAAUAAAAUCACACAAUUACAACAAGACAUUAUUUGAUAAAAAGCUAAAAUACUAUGAAUUUAAUGUAGGAGACAUGGUGUAUGUAGAAAAUGGUAACAAGUUAAAUGUGAUGAUCCACAUCUAA